UACGCGCGUGAUUAUUGUGAGCUUAGCAGCACAUCAGUUACAAAACAGGGAUACCUUGACAUGGGGAGCAUUUCUGAAAUAUUCUCGGGCUCAGAUUUUGCACUGGACUAGGACGGUGGCAGUAUGAUGACAUUUAAAGAUGACUGGCACUCUGGAAGGAUGAUCUUCAGUUUGAGCUUCGUGUUCUUCCACGUCCUGGUAACACACAGUAUCAUUAAGCCUUGCCACUGUUCAACCCUCGGGCCUGCUGGACUGGUAGUUAACUGCAGCGCUUUAAACCUCGUGGAGGUGCCUAAUCUGCCCUCCGACACCACAGAGCUCCAUUUGCAGAACAACCGGCUCACCUCUGUGUCUCCAGGCCUGUUUGACAGAUAUACUGGGCUGAACAAGGUUUCCCUGUCCAAGAACCCUUUCCACUGCGAUUGUCAAAUUCACUACCUGAGGAACUGGUUGCUGAAGAACAGGGCUAUUGUUUUGAAGGAGCCCGUUUGCUUCAGUCCAAGCUCUGUGUCUAACAAAGCCAUCACCGAACUUAGUGACGACUACUUUUCUCACUGCGCUGUUGCAAACUGCACUAAUGGGAUAUACAACAUCAUAAUAGGAGUAGCGCUAUGCUGCCUCAUUGUUCUGCUUCUGUGGAGCUUGAGUCUGGCCAGAAAUUCCAAUUUCACUCUGGAUAUAGAUGAGAGACACUCAGGAUUCGAGGCCGACUCCUUACGUUCACUGAAGCCCAAACACAGGAAGAGACUGCACACUGGACUAUCAGAGGUCAGUGUCGACUCAGAGUCUCUCGGUCAUACGGAGGAUCUAGAAAGGCCGCUUCUCAACAUGGAGUUACUGCCACAAGUUUUGGAUGCGUUGCACAAGAAGCACAAUAUAAAGAUAAAGGCUACCUGAGUGAUCUUAGUCCACUAGAGUUACUCUUAAAGAUUAAAGGGAACCCUAAAAUAUCCUGGCUUUUUGAAAUAAAAUGCACAUAAUAGUAGCCAUUGGCUUGCUUGCCUAAAUCAUUUUUCCUUUAAAAAAUAAAAAUCCUC